UUUUUUUCUUCUUAUAUUCCUUUUAUUCUUUUUCAAUAUACCCAUUCUUUACCCUUUCAUGAAUCAAACUGAUACUCCAAGAAGAAAACGAUUGAAAGUAGUUAGAGCAUGUACAGAAUGUCGUCGAAAAAAAACAAAAUGUGAUGGUGAACCCAUUUGUGCUCCUUGUCUCAAGUCUCAUUCUUCUUGUCAAUAUACAACAGCUAAACUCAUACAAACAAAUAACAAGAAAACAGAAACAACCAUAGGACUCGUUACAACUUCAAUAAAAGCACCUGAUGAAAAUAAUAAUACAAUCUUCACAAAAAAUAAUAACAACAAUAAUAACGGAAAAUCGAGGUCACCAUCUAUCAAGAAACCAAGUAUUACUAUCUUCACCAUUGAACAACGAUUAUCGGAAAUCGAAAAGACACUUCGACUAUUAAUCAACCGUCAUUAUCCUUCGUUACCACCAUUGAUUUUAUCAUCACCUUCAUCUUCUACAUCAUCAUCAUCAUCAUCUACAACGCUUUUCAAGGAACCAGAAAUUAUUCCUGAUUCAACCGGAACGGGUGUUGGAGCAAUUCCGGGCAUCUCUCCUCAAAUACAUGAUACCUUCAGGAACAUCUCUCAUCAUCAUAUGGCACCAUCAUCUUCUGUAUCACCUCGGGCUACGCUAACCUUACCACCACUCCAAAGAAGACAAAGUAUUACAUCCUAUUAUGAUUCAUCAACACCAACAUCAUCAUCCUCUUCUUCUUCAUCAACAUCUUCAUCGGAUCUACUGUUUCCAUAUCAUGAGGGCAAAGUUUUGUAUGAUCGGAAGAACCCGGUAUUGGUCCCUUUAUCAUCAACAUCAUUACAUCAGAAAAACAACAAUCAUACCCAGCAUUUCUCUACAAGCUCCGUCGCUGAUGUCCCUGACGAUAUUUCCUCAACCUGUUUCAAGACUGAACCUUCUUCUUACCAUCUCCAACCUAUUCCUUCCGCUUGUAUCCCACAGAAAUAGAAUCAUGUAUCUUUUUUUUUUUUUUGUUUAUAUUUAUUUAUUU